AUGCACAAGUGUCAGGGCCCAGGGUCGGUCCCUUCUCCGCAGGCCACUCCCUCCAUUCAAAUGCCAGUAUUGAGAUCAAACAGUGAAGCCAAAACGGAUGCUGGAUCUCAACUCAACAAGAGUGUUGCCGUGGGCACUGAGGUUACCGAUCGUAUCAAGGUAGAGGCCAACUCUCCAAAUUCCGCGCAGUCUGCAGUUUCACAGUCGGCCUGGACUCAUCCAGCAAAUAGCUUCUCACCUUUCUGCUCCAACUCUUCCAUGAACGAGGAGAAAAAAGAGGCCUCUCUGUGUGGGAUCUCGCUCCAGCAAGGACAAGAAAACAGCAGCUGGGAUGCAGCAGAAGAUGAUGAUCAAGACAGUGAUGAAGGAGAGUGGACGAUACCCUUGGACGAUGAAAUGGAGGUGCUUGGCUUUACAAAGAAAGCUGGCAACGACCCACCGGUGAAGAAGUCUGCAGAGACCUCUAGCCUGCGCUAUUUCAUCCGAGACGGUGUGAAACGUUACCCUUGUAACAAAUGUCAGAAAACCUACAGUCGCCCAUCUACUCUGAGGCGCCAUCUACGGCUGUGCGGGUUUAGGCCACGUGGACCCGUCGCACAGAGCGGCGGUCAGAGUGGCGGUCAGGGUGCCACUCUGCUAACCGGCAACAAUAUGAAACCAAUGUUUGCUUGUUUUGUCUGCGGUAAGACCUUUAACCGCAAAGAUAACAUGAUGGUGCACAGAAAGAGAUGUCAGUUGCAACGAACAAUGGAAGAUGCUGCACAGGCGGACAGACGGCCCGUGCAGCAGACCGUGUCGGCCGUUGCAACGGACUGUCAGACCAAGGAGGACGACGACGGAGGCAACUGGGGCAUCAUGUCACUGCCCUCCGUGCUUCCACGGAGGGUGACGUGCGAGUGUGGGGUCGGAUUUACAUCCCCGAGGCUUCUCCUGGAGCACCUGCAGAAGCACGCGCAGGAAUCCUACACGUGUCCAACUUGUGGAGAGACUGUUAAUUCCUGGGCGGACUAUGAAGUUCAUCUGCAGAUCCACAUGCACCCUCAUCACCAGCUGCUGAAGGGACUUCAACCACAACGAUCACAACCUCUGCUACUUAGAUUUCAGCAGCAGCGGCCUAAGCAGCAGCAGCAGCCAUCUCGGUCAGUGCGUCAGCCUCCGCAGAAGCAACCGCGCACAGAGCAGGCUUCAAAUCCAACCAAGAAGCAGCAGCGGAUUGUGUGCACACGAUGCGGCAACACUUUCGCCACUCGCUGUUCCCUGCGAAGGCACUUAUCCUGGAAUCGGUGCAAAGGUGUGCGGGCCACAAAUCCCACAAACCCACCCAAAGCGUACCACUGUUCCCACUGCAACUCUGACUUCCCAAACUCCAUCAGUCUCAUGUUUCACCAGAGGAGUGGGGCUUGCAAGCCCGCCAUCAAGCCCGUGCGUUGCCCCAUUUGUCUUCGCUGGUUCGGCACCGUGGACGGAUUACAGAAACACCUGCUUACUCACAAACAGUCUGAAUCGUAUCGCUGUGAUGUCUGUCAGGGUACUUACCCAAACCUGAAAUCACUCAAAAACCACCGCAGGAGGAUUCAUCGCAUCAUGGCUGGAGACACGAAGCCCCAAACACAAGAACAGCUGACUUUGUAA